GCAGCAGCCUCAGGUAAAUAUACCUGUGAGCCUCCAGCGGAUUCAGUGUCCUCUAGCACAGGUUGGCCCCGCCCAUUUCCUUCCCAGCCGCGCCGUUGAGGUGUGACGCUCUCUCCUCUACCUGUUCAUCCCGACAGCUUGUUGAACAGAUAACACGCAUGUGUCAGCAGAGAGGGAGAUAAAAACAGCGCCUGCUUUCAAGAAGCCGAUUAUACACAAACCUCCGCGGGUUUCAUCGCGUUCUCUAACUGACGCGUGAUUUGACGACAAGACAACCCGCGCGCUCAUUCCGAGGAGGUUUUGCCAGCGCGCGACAUGGUUUAUGUGUGGAAAGUGGAUACGGGGGAAUAAUAUUGACAAUAAAUGCACUUAUUCCCAAAGGAACUUUUCAAGGGCAGAUGGAUUCUCCUCGGAAGUUUUGGGAUCACGCGAGAGUCCGUUUGCACGGAUCUGAAUUAUGGAUGGUGAUGGACAGCCUCUGGCUUCAAAGGGUGACUCAAAGCUCCGCUCCAGAGGUGGCUUCUCCCUAAACAACUGGCGUUCCUCUUCGAGGACUUUACUUCGAGGAGGAGAGGAUGUGAGCCGAAGGCUGCUGUCCGUUGUGAACCACCAGGAAUGCACAGACUCGGGGGCCAGUCCCACCUCAAAAUCCCUUGAGGUGACCGCAGGGUUAGAUGGCACAACAGCAACCACCACCACCUCCACCGUGACCACAUCCACUCCGCCUCGCCUCGACAAAGCCAUGGCAGAGUCAGCAGGGCCUGCGGGAGCCCCUCAGCCAUCCGAAUCAGAAGAAAGUGUCUUCGCUGACCAGUCCACAUUUCUCCAGAGACAGUUCAGCUCCUUGCUGCAGCCAGGGGUCAACAAGUUCUCACUGCGAAUGUUUGGGAGUGCAACGGGUGUUGCAGCCGAGCAGGAACGGGUCAAGUCAUUUGGGGUUUGGAUUAUACAUCCAUAUAGUGACUUCAGGUUCUAUUGGGACUUGGUGAUGCUGUGCCUGAUGAUGGGCAACCUCGUCAUUCUGCCAUGGGGCAUCACCUUCUUUGAGGAUCAGAACACACUGCCGUGGAUCACCUUCAACGUGGCCUCCGACACUCUCUUCCUGGCUGACCUCGUCUUCAACUUUCGUACCGGUAUUAUGGAAGCCGACAACACCCAAAUCAUCCUGGACCCACAAGUGAUCAGUCGGCGUUACCUUCGAGGCUGGUUUCUGGUGGACUUCAUCUCCUCCAUUCCGGUAGACUACAUCUUCCUGUUGGUGGAUAUAGAAGCCCGGCUUGAGUCGGCAGAGGUGUACCGCACUGCCAGGGCUUUGCGCAUCGUCCGCUUCACCAAGAUCCUCAGUCUGCUCAGAUUGUUGCGCUUGUCCAGACUUAUACGUUACAUUCAUCAAUGGGAAGAGAUCUUCAAUAUGACCUAUGACCUUGCAAGCGCAGUAGUUCGCAUAGUGAAUCUGAUUGGAAUGAUGCUGCUGCUGUGUCACUGGGAUGGCUGCAUGCAGUUCAUGGUGCCCAUGCUGCAAGAUUUCCCAUCAAACUGCUGGGUCUCCAAAAACAACAUGGUGAAUGCCACUUGGGAUGUCCAAUACUCCUAUGCCCUUUUUAUGGCCAUGAGCCAUAUGCUGUGUAUUGGAUAUGGUGCUCAGGCACCUGAGGGAGCAACUGAUGUCUGGCUCACGAUGAUGAGCAUGAUUGUUGGCGCCACCUGUUACGCCAUGUUCUUGGGCAAUGCCACCAACCUGAUCCAGUCCUUGGAUGCUUCCCAUCGUCAGUAUCAAGAGAAGUACAAACAAGUGGAACAGUACAUGUCCUUCCACAAGCUGCCAGCUGACAUGAGGCAGAGGAUCCAUGAUUAUUAUGAGCACCGCUUCCAGGGCAAGAUGUUUGACGAGGAAAAUAUCCUCGAGGAACUCAGCGACCCGCUAAAAGAGGAGAUAGUGAACUAUAACUGCCGUGGGCUGGUGGCUAACAUGCCUCUCUUUGCGAAUGCUGAUCCUCACUUCGUCACAGUGCUCCUCACAAAGUUACGCUUCGAGGUCUUUCAGCCGGGUGAUAUAAUCAUCCGUGAAGGGACGCUUGGUCGUAAGAUGUACUUCAUCCAGCAUGGCUGCGUCAGUGUGAUCACUCAUGACAAUAAAGUGAAGAAACUGAAUGACGGCUGCUACUUCGGGGAGAUCUGUCUGCUGACCCGUGGACGUCGUACAGCCAGCGUCAGAGCCGACACAUACUGCAGACUUUAUUCACUGAGUGUGAGCAGCUUUAAUGAGGUCUUAGAGGAGAACCCAUUAAUGAGGAGGGCGUUUGAGAGCGUAGCAGUGUACCGUCUGGAGCAUGAGGGAAACGGCAUUGUGCAUUCACACAAGAGUGUGGAGGAUGAUGGGGACUAAUGGACUCACCGAAGAUGACUGAAUGCA